CCGUGGUGGAACAACGGCUCUCCGCUGAGCGGAACUCGUAGCUCCCUUUGCACGCUCAUCGGGACCACUCUUUCCAGGCUAUUGGGAACAGCAGCUUGACCCCGCCCCUCUCUCUACCAGCCCGGCCCCGCCCCCAGCACUGGAAUCGGCCGGGCCGAGGAGUCCGCCAGCGGAUUUUCCGCGGUUGCGGCUGGUGGAGCUGGCGGAAUCUGGGCGGAGCCUGCGACUAUUUUAGGAGGGCCCCUCCAGGGCCGGGACUAAGGCGUCCUGUCCUGGACACAGCCUGAGCCAGGGUGAUGCUGAAGAUGGUGACUUUCUUCCAAGGGCUUCCUGGCCAGCAGUCUGUGCCAGGGACCCUGGACUUCUCUGGAAGCCCCCCCAAACCACGCUCCACAUCCGAGGCAGAAUCCGAGACCUCCAUGUCAGAGGCUUCCUCAGAGGACCUGAUGCCAUCCCAGGACGCUCCGGAUGGGGAGGGGGAGUCAGCGAAGAAGAAGGAGAAGAAGUCCAAAGGACUGGCUAACAUGUUCAGUGUCUUCACCAAAGGGAAAAAGAAGAAAAAGGACCAGCCCCGAUUAUCAGAUCUGCAAGUGCAGCCCAAGUCCAGGCCCGAGUCAGACGCUCCACUGCCCACAGUGGAGGAGCUCAAGGAGGCCCUGGAGCGCGGGCGGCUGGAGGUGGCGUGGCAGGUGCUGGCGUUGGAGCGGCAGCUCGAGACCGCGGCGGCGGCGGGUGGCACCCCCGACGAGGAGCUGGUGUGGCGGCAGAGCAAGGUGGAGGCUCUGUACGUGGUGCUGCGAGACCAGGUGCUCCGGGUGCUGCGGCGGCCGCUGGAGGCGGCGCCGGAGCGGCUGAGCCAGGCGCUGGCCGUGGUGUCGCAGGAGGAGCUCGAGGACCGUCGGGCGUCCGGGGUACCCUUAGUGGCCGCCCUGGAGGCCACGCGCCCGCGGCGAUGGCUGCAGCUGUGGAGGGGCGUCGUCGCGGAGGUAGCAGCGGAGCGUCUGGACGCGCAGCCCGCCAGGGUGCCCGAGGGCCGCUCGGAGGCGGAGAGCAGGUUCCUGCACAUGGGUCGCACCAUGAAGGAGGACCUGGAGGUGGUGGUGGAGCAUCUGAAGCCGCUGUUCCCCGACGAGUUCAACGUUGUGCACACCUAUGCCAAGAGCUACCACGAGCACUUCGCGUCACACCUGUGCACCUUGGCGCAGUUCGAGCUGUGCGACAGGGAUGCGUACCUGCUGCUGCUCUGGGUGCAGAACCUCUACCCCAAUGAUAUUCUGAACAGCCCCAAGUUGGCUCAGGAGCUUCAGGGUGCCGGCCUUGGGAGCCUCCUGCCCCCAAAGCAGAUCAGAUUGCUGGAGGCCAUGUUCCUGUCCAAUGAAGUGAACAAUGUGAAGCUGCUCAUGGCCCGGGCUUUGGAGCUGGAGUCUCAGCGCUGGGCCCAGGAUGUGGCUCCCCAGAGCUUGGAUGGCCACUGUCACAGUGAGCUGGCCAUUGACAUUCUCCAGAUCAUUUCCCAAGGCCAGACCAAGGCUGAGAACAUCACUUCCGAAGUGGGCAUGCAGAUAAAGCAGUUGCUACUGGUAGAGCUGGCUGCGCUGCUAAGGAGCUACCAGCGCACCUUUGAUGAGUUUCUAGAGAAAAACAAACUCCUGAGAAAUUAUAGAAUCAACAUCAUCGCCAACAUCAACAACUGCCUGUCCUUCCGGACUUCAGUGGAGCAGCGGUGGCAGCUGCCUAAUGAUUCUCUGAACCGCCUGGUGGAGCCUCUGAAAGACCUCAAGGCUCAUGGCUUUGAUACCCUGCUCCAGAGCCUAUUUUCGGACCUGAAGCCACUGUUUAAGAAGUUCACACAGACCCGUUGGGCGAAGCCAGUUGAGACCCUGGAGGAAAUCAUCUCCACUGUGAGCAUCUGCCUGCCUGAAUUCUCAGAGCUGCAGGACUGUUUCCGGGAGGAGCUCAUGGAAGCUGUGCACCUGCACCUGGUGAAGGAGUACAUCAUCAGGCUCAGCAAACGGCGCCUGGUCCUCAAGACUGCUGAGCAGCAGCAGCAGCUGGCGAGGCACAUCCUCGACAAUGCCAAUGCCAUUCAGCACUUCUGCACUGAUAAUGGCUCCACUGCAACCUGGCUGCAUCGUGCCCUCCCUACAAUUGCCGAGAUUAUUCACCUGCAAGAUCCCAGUGCCAUUAAGAUCGAGGUGGCCACAUAUGCCACUUGGUACCCUGACUUCAGCAAAGGCCACCUGAAUGCCAUCCUGGCCAUCAAGGGCAAUCUACCAAGCAGUGAAGUCAGGAGCAUCCGGAACAUACUGGACAUCAACACAGGCACGCAGGAGCCUUCCAGGCCCCUCUUCUCCCUUAUAAAACUUGCUUAGCUUUUCCAAAGGUCUUGAUAUGCUAAUGAGACCCAGGGAGCAUCAGGCACUGCUCCCUUGGCAGCAGCUCCACAACCCAUCACCAGGCUCCCACAUUCUGCUGCUGCUUCUGCCCAGUCCUGGCUCUAGAACAAGAUCUGGCAGCCAAGAUUGGACAGAUGAUGGUCCAGUGGGGUCUAGACCCCACUGAAGGGAGAUGACAUGUAAGCACGCAAGAGAUUUCUUGUAAAUGAUUAUCCAUCUUGGGUAGAGUGACCUUUGUCUACCUACACUAUAGUCUGCCUUUUAACAGUCUGAGUAGCCCCGCCCAGCUCCCUAGGACCAGGGGUGACACCUCAUUUAUAUCAUUUCCUUCAGUCCAGGGAUGUCAUGAGAUAGAGCUGAAAACAAAGGAAGAAAGAGGAGAUAGUAUGUGAUCUGGGACCUCUGAGGUGCCCACGACAGAUCUAGACCUUGCAAAGUGGGUCCUGGUACCCCUCAGCUAGAAGGACCCUCUUCACUCCCCGCGGGCUGCCCCUCUGUGUAUAUUGAUGUGUUUGGGGAGUGACCCUGGAAACCCUAGCAGAGCAGGGACCUCCUGGGUCCUCUCAGAUCGAAUCUUCUUCCCUUUAGGAAUAAGCCAAAGGCUACCCUCUGAAGUUGGGUGGGAAUGCAGGGCUCUGGCAAGUGCUUUAUUAGCUUCCUCUUGGUGCUGUACCAAAUUUCCACAGCAAGUGGAUUUGAACUACAACUUUUCCUUCAGUUCUGCAAAUCAGAAGUCUGAUACCGGACUGAAAUCUAAAUGUGGUCAGGCCCAUUGCUUUUGGAAGCCCCAGGGAGAAUCGUUCCCUGGUCUUCCCCAGUCUUUAGAGGUUACCCACAUCUCUUGUCUGAAGCCUUUCUACCUUUAGGGCCAGGGACAGCUACUUAUGUUCCUUAUGCCGCCACAGUCUUCACUGCUUCAGAUCUCACUGUGACUGCAGUGACUCUGCCCAGAGACUCAGCAGCCACCUCUAUUCCAGCUGCAACGUUAACCCCUGUCACCCAAUAGUCAUUGGCUAUGGGGACCAGUGGGUCCCAUGGGGUCUACACUGGAAAACAAGAAUGCAGUUUGCCAUCAAGGCACCUGCUACUCCACAGACCCUCUCCUCUCUAGCCAUGAAAGCCCUGCUCACCACUGGCCCAGCCUGGAUUCUUCCUGGUUCGAGGCUGGGAUUUGAAGCCUCUCUGCUGUCUACUUUCCCAGCUACUGGCCUUAUGGAGCUGGCCAGGGCAAGCAAUGCACACAGCCUUUGUAGGCGUUAGCUUGUCGAUGACAUUAAUAUUAUUAAUAUUAUUUUUAUAGUGUUGAUUUUGUAUGAAUGUACUUGGGACAGAAUCCAGAGAUUUUUUUUAUAUAGUUGAUAUAAAACAGAUUUCAAAAGUGA